AUGAAUACGACAACUGUUGAGGCGUUCGUUCUCAGCAAUUCGAGACAAUGUGAUGCAUACUUUGCGUUUUCAAAAGAAGUAUCUCGUGACCUGAUCAUCAAUUAUUGCUACGUGCCACCGGGAGUAAACCUUUUAGGAAAAUGGCUCAGAGUUUUGAUACGUGACAACUCGGCCGUUCAAAAGGUUGUCAUUAUAAAUGACAUAUUCGAGAGUCGGGUUAUGGAUGGAAUUCCAGAGAUCAAAGUCCAAGCCGAGUACGACGGAAGGUUUGAAGAUAGACUUGAAGUAUUUAAGCAUGAUUACUUCGGAUUCAUCUUCGAUAAGUCGUGUUUAAUCUCAAACGUUGGAAGAGACGCAAUGUAUAGUUUUUGGAUCACACGAUACCAUGAGCGGGGAUACAGCUUUCGCUGGCGAAUUUCUCACAGUGAUAAUAACUUCGUGAGAACUGAUGAAGCAAUUGUUCACAGUUAUUCUCUUUAUGAUAAUGGAUAUAUUGCAUGGGCCAAGUCAGAACCAAGGACGAAAAUUUUCGUUGACAACACUGUCUGUCCACCAGAUCAAAACAUGAUUGGAAGAUGGAUUACUGCCUCUAUCGACCGUAAUAAUAGAAUAAUAAAUUCAGUUACUGUGAUUGAUGAUGUGUAUGAAACUCGCAUGAAAUAUGGUUCCACAGAGAUUUUAAUCGAGUUCGAGAUGGGUACUGAACCGGGAAUGUUCUUCAAUCACUAUUUCGGUAACAUUUCUGAUCCAAGAAAUAUGGUUACUCGAGUUGAAAGGGGUGCAUGGUAUAGAGGAUGGAUUAUUUUUUACAUUGAAAAAGGAGUGGAUACGAGAUGGCGUCUAUCAAAAUAUCAAUCUAUCGAAGGACCAUUCUUCAAUAAAUUGGUGAGCAAUCAACGCCGAAAUUCCUAUGGCGAUUAUGAGCAGAAUAACACCAGAAAUCAUCGGAGCUUCUCACCAGAUGUAUUAAAUCAUUAUAACAAUGAUUAUAACGAUAGGAAUCCAACUCAUUCGACAUCUGAUUCAAAUACCAAACGUGGUCAACUGUGGGAUAUGCCUCCAGGUAGAAACCUCUUCGAUGAUGGAGCCCUCUCGCGAUUUACUUCAAACGAGAAUCCGAUUCCAUCUGAUGGCAAUAAUUUCCAUGAGAGCAAUCCUUUGUCUGGACGUUUACCGAACUUCGAAAAAGAAAAUAGUGAAGACUAUCCGCAUACUCAUUUUGAAAACCGGACGCCACAUCUGGAUGAGCGUAGAAAUAGAAAUAAUCUGGAACGCCAUAAAAAUGAAGAUUCGAAGCUAGAUUCGUUCAAACAUGAAUCUAAAUUUGUUCGUUCCGAUCGUAUAAAGAUUUCUGAGAAAAGAAUCAGUCCUGAAUCAGAAAUCACUGAGUCUCGUUUGAAUGAUACUGUUGUUUCAGAUUUAGAGUACUACACGUGCUCAGAUGAAGAAACCAAGGAAGAUAAUAGACAUAACCAGAAGUCUAAUUGUAGAGUUUCUCAUCAUAAUGACUCUGAAUCUUCCUCUAUACAUCGGCGAUUGAACGAGAACCAAGAUGCUUUGAAUGUCGAAACGAAAAUCGUUGUCAAAAAACCUUCGAAUUCUUUCCACUCAAAUGAGUCCAAACCAGUAGCCAACCAUACGAAAUCAGAAAAUGAGAAAGAAGUCAGAAGACUAAAACUUAUGAAACAUACCUUGAAAUUACCUCUUCUCAUCGGAGUCGCUGGUGGAACCUCCUGUGGAAAGUCUACAAUUGUCGAAAGAAUCAUUGAGAACCUAGAUGAAAAUGCAAAGCAGAGCGGAAGACAAAUCGAAAUCGUUCAUCUAUCUCUUCACUCCUUCUAUAGAGAGUUGUCAACCGAGGAGAAAACGCUUGCCAGAGAAGGAAAGUUCAAUUUCGAUCAUCCGGAUCAGAUCAAUUUCGAACUUCUCGCAGAAACUCUUCAGAAGAUGAUCGAUGGACAAACUGUAGAAAUACCGAAAUACGACAUGAUCACCAGUUCAAUGGUUGGAAAAGAUGUGGUCGAACCUGCAAAAGUGAUCAUCAUCGAAGGAAUACUUCUUCUCUACGACGAGCGUGUUCGCAAGCUUCUCUCCACUAAACUCUUCGUCGAGAAAAAUGCGGAAAGCCGUCUCAGAAACCGAAUCGACACAUACAUGCGUGAUUAUCACCGUACCCCACUCUCCAUCAUCAGACAAUACACUGAGUUCGUUAAACCUGCAUUCGAAGAGUUUUGUCGACCAACGAAGAAAUAUGCCGACGUUAUUAUUCCACGUGGAGCCGACAAUCAUGUGGCUACCGAUCUCAUCGCGAAGAAUCUGCAGGAGACAUUCCGCAAGAUUGUAGUCGAUGGUGACGCCGAGGAGGAAAAAGAAAACGAUUUUGUCACACAAGGAAGCAUCCGCCGUCCAUAUUCUCGUCCACAUUAA